AUGAGUACGCGAUUAUCUCCUUAUUACCCAGUCCUGGUCCCAAGAAAUGAAGUACCUUCCAGUGCCAAACUGGCGCCCUUUGCUACCAGGCCUGCACAGCCAUUCCGCUUUCUCGAUCUGCCUGCCGAGAUCCGGAGAUACAUCUAUGACCUGUGGAUCCCUUCAUUCUUACAUGUAUCAACAGGCUGCGGAAGAGUGCGGUUGCAAUAUUUUACAGACACACGGGAAGGACUAAUUUUCCAGACCUUGUCCGUUCGGCCAUUCUUUCUGAACAGGCAGUUUUACCACGAAUUCUGGUAUUCCCUCUUCGCCAGGACGACAUGGUGUUUCUCGAACCCAGAUCUCUUGCUCAGCGCCUUGGAAUGCCUGUCCAACCCGAUGGUGGAUAGAAUUCGGCACGUCUCCGUGCGUCUAGGUGAAUAUGGCAGAUGGCCAAAGGUGAGGUCAAACACACCGUCCAAGGACAGGUCCCAUUCCUUUGAUUUCAGGUCGGCUGUACAGACUCUACGACACAUGGACCAGCUACAAACUCUACUUAUCUACAUCAACCUUGCCGACUUCGGCUACGUUCGUGCCAAUCCGUGGACGGCACUUCCUGCAAAUACCAUUGCCGCCAAUUGCGUGGCAGAUUUCACCUGGAGUGGCCUGGUGACAAGAGUUCCGUUUGCCAGGUCCGUGCUGGAUCAAGAGUUCAUCCGAACGCUGAAGUUCCGUUGUGGAGAGGCAAGUGUCUCGUUGGUGCCCAAACCAGAAGAUCGGUAUGCUGGACAGAUGGUCGAUGUUGUUAUAUCUCAAUGUGCUGUGGUGGGUUCAAUGGAAGCAUGA